ACAUAACCUAGGGGAAAGAGGUACUUUACUUAGGUACAUUGAUGUUGUGACACCCCACCUAGCACAAUUCUAGGUUCCAUCCAAGGUACAAUAAAGCCACUAUCACUUGUCAAAACACUGUGGCUUGACCCCUCGCUUAAUUUUCUGCCCACAACUGGUAAUAGCAGACGCACGAACUGAACUUCCUUCUUUUCACUGACAACAUCAACAUUCGUCGAUUACUGUGUUUCCCCAAACAAACCGACGUCAAUCCAGUCACAAUGGCGAGUAAGUUAGAAAACCAUGCUCUAAUUAUCAGGAAACAAUCAGCUCACAAUUUUACCAUAGAGUCCAAGAACUCGUCUCAGCACAACCAGUCGCGCAAGGCUCACCGUAACGGUAUCAAGAAGCCCAAGACCAGCAGAUACCCGUCUCUGAAUGGAACCGACCCCAAGUUCCGAAGAAAUCAUCGACAUGCUCUUCACGGCACCAUGAAGGCUUUGAAGGAGCUGAAGGAGGGCAAGCGAGAGACGGCAUGAAGUGGUGGAUAAAUGGGUUCCGAGACACGACGUCGCGAAUGCGCAUCAGGGCACGAUUUGGGGUCAUUCAGGCAUGAUCAAGGAGUCAAGGUUAUGCAUUUGCUGCUUGUAUCCAGGCACAGUCUUCUACAAUGAAGAAGAAGAAGAAGAGGUAACCAACUGAGUUACAUUCGCCAACGACUUUCCUGCGCCUCUGCGAUUUUUCUCCCUUUUGCUGCGCCCAGUAUAACCGUAAGUUGGACCAAUACGUGAUGACAAAACGGCAUAUGUGUGUACAGUUCUAGGCCUACCCCAUGCCUAUCUACUGAAGGAUAUUUCUUCUCGUGCCGAGAGCGGUUCGCCAGUCAAUUACCAAACACU